CGAAUCAGCAAUCAGCAACAAAAACUGCUGCAAAUCCUUCAUUCCUUUCACAACCCACAACAAACAACAACAACAACAACAACAACAAAAGCAGCAGCAGCAACAACUACUACUGCUAACCAGUAAUAGGAACCAACACAAGACAUUAGUAGCGAGAAAACCGCGGCAAAACAAUGCGGAUCCUUUUUGUCCAGACCGGCGGAACCAUCGACAAGGACUACCCCAGGACCACCAACGGGUGGGGAUUCGAGAUCUCCGAGGAGCCGGCGGUCCAGCGGCUGCUGAGCGAGCGGCUGACCCCCUCGUUCUCGCACGAGCUCGCGGUGGUCUGCCGCAAGGACAGCACGGAGGUAAACGAUGCCGAUCGCUCCGAGCUGGCGGACACCAUUCUUUCGAGAGUUGCCAAGCCCGCUGCAAGCAGCGAGAACGAGAGCAACCACCGAUUGGACGGGGUGGUCGUGACCCACGGGACGGACACCAUGGCGGAGACCGCCCGGUUCCUGGCCGACCGCUUCGGAGGCAGCAGCAGCAGCGGCGGCGGCCACUCGGACCUGCUUCCCCCGGUCCUCCUCACCGGGGCCAUGCGGCCGGAGCGCUUCUCCAACAGCGACGCCGACUUUCACCUGGGAAUGGCCGUGGCCGCGGCGCAGGUUCUGCCCCCCGGCUUUGUGGGGAUCUGCAUGCACGGCCUGGUGCUGGGGCACGACGAGAUCGGCCGCGACGCUUCGACGGGCCGGUUCGUCAGGYGCACCCCGGGUGCCUGAGCCUUGCCUGCCRUGCAAUGCAACGCAAUGCAACGCAAUCCAACGCAACGCAAUCCAACGAGCAAGCAAGGACGAGGAGACGACGGCCGAGCAAGCAAUGCCUCGAUGCCUCGAGAAGGUGGCGGGCACGAUGGGAAUACAUACAGUGCGAGUAC